UGAUCUGGAUAGAUUUUCUUUUUCUCGGGUGGCAGGAAUUACAGAGGGCAGUUGACGAGGGUAGUCGGGGACGGCGUUUAUCGGAGAGUUGGUGGUUCUGGCGCCGGUCGUGGACCAGGAAAAGUGGUGACCCUCAAAAUUUUAUAGAGUAGGAGACUUGGAAAAUAUUUAAAUCUCAACAAAUGAAUUCCACACUUGAAUUCUGCUGCAUUCCUGUGCCACCUCCUCCUUUAGAAAACUGAUCUUAGAACAGAGUUAUAAAAGCAUAGAAGAAGUAGAAGAUGCUGGGAUCUGAACGUGGUGUUGUGGAAGAAUGGUUAUCAGAAUUCAAGGCAUUACCUGACACUCAGAUCACCAAUUAUGCAGCAACUCUUCAUCGAAAAAAGUCACUGGUACCAGCCCUCUAUAAAGUUAUUCAAGAUUCAGAUAAUGAGCUUCUAGAACCUGUUUGCCACCAGCUAUUUGAGCUCUAUCGUAGCUCUGAAGUUCGUCUUAAGAGGUUCACACUACAAUUCUUGCCAGAAUUGAUGUGGGUUUAUUUACGGCUUACAGUUAGCCGAGAUAGACAAAGUAAUGGUUGUAUUGAAGCACUUCUGUUAGGAAUUUAUAAUUUGGAAAUUGCUGAUAAAGACGGAAACAAUAAAGUUCUAUCUUUCACUAUCCCUUCUUUAUCCAAGCCUUCAAUAUAUCAUGAGCCCUCAACAAUCGGAUCCAUGGCUUUGACAGAAGGGGCCUUGUGUCAGCAUGAUCUCAUCAGGGUUGUUUAUAGUGAUCUUCAUCCUCAGAGGGAAACAUUUACUGCUCAAAAUCGGUUUGAAGUGCUGAGUUUUCUCAUGUUGUGUUAUAAUUCUGCUAUUGUAUACAUGCCUGCUUCAUCUUACCAGUCCCUUUGUCAGAUGGGUUCCAGGGUUUGUGUGAGUGGGUUUCCACGGCAAAAUGAAAAACAGUGGAAAGAACUCUGUGGUCGAAUAGUAUUGGAUCCAGAAUUUAUGGUGCAACUUCUCACAGGGGUUUAUUAUGCCAUGUACAAUGGACAGUGGGAGCUAGGCCAGGAAGUCCUUGAUGACAUCAUUUACAGAGCUCAGCUAGAACUCUUUUCUCAACCACUACUGGUUGCUAAUGCCAUGAAAAAUUCAUUACCAUUUGAUGCUCCGGAUUCUUCACAAGAAGGCCAGAAAGUUCUUAAAGUGGAAGUCACUCCAACAGUGCCGAGGAUUUCUCGGACUGCUAUUACAACAGCUUCAAUCCGUCGUCAUAGGUGGAGAAGAGAAGAUGGCUUUGACUUCUCAAACGAGGCUGACUCGAGUAUUCCUGGCUCCCCGAUCCAACACGGCUCCACUGACCUAGGGAUCAAACGUGUGCAAGAGGGGGAGGUGCUGGUGCGCAGGACCCCUGAGCACGGCUCACCGGAGCCCAACUCAGCAGCAGCCACAACAGAGGGUGCUGAGGGUGUAAAUGGAGAGGAAUCUCUUAACCUGAAUGAUGCGGAUGAAGGUUUUUCAUCUGGAGCUUCCCUCAGCAGUCAGCCAGCAGGGACCAAACCAUCUUCAUCUUCUCAAAGGGGAAGUUUAAGGAAAGUAGCAACUGGGCGUUCAGCUAAGGAUAAAGAAACCUCUGCCAUCAAAUCCAGUGAAAGCCCUCGAGAUUCAGUAGUUCGAAGGCAGUAUGUACAGCAACCAGCUGAUUCUAGUGUAGAUUCAGUUGAGCUGACACCUAUGAAGAAACACCUGAGCCUACCUGCUGGCCAGGUGGUGCCAAAAACAAAUAAGCUAAUCCGGACAGCCAGUGCUUCCUCAAGUAAAUCAUUUGACUAUGUUAAUGGCAGUCAAGCAAGUACCAGCAUUGGGGUUGGCAUUGAGGGAGUUACUAAUUUAGCAACUAACAGUGCUAAUCGAUUUUCAACUAUCAGUCUACAAGAAGAUCGACUAGGGCAAACUGGAGAAAACAAAGAGCUCCUCAGCUCAGGAGCUCCCUUAACCAAGCAGUCUCGAUCCCCAAGUUUUAAUAUGCAGCUAAUAUCCCAGGUGUAGUUUUGACAUCCUCUCUCAUCUUUCUGCUUACCUUUAAAACUGAACAUUUCAUUGCGCAAGAAAAAUACUUCAUCCCACAUUGUGAAAAUACUAGGCAUCAUAAUCAAAUUUGAUUUUAGUUUAGGUACCUUCAUACUGUAUUUUGUAUGGAAACAGCAAUAAGGUUUUUUUCCCCCUCCUUUCUCUAUCUUCACCUAUUCCUUGUAAAUGUGUUUGUGAAGCAGUACAGAAUGUUUGCAUUUACAUGCCUUCCUUUCUCCUUGGGUGAUGUGCAAUCCCAUCGUAGGCUGAUCGGUCCCAUUUCAACACUGUGAGACUGAGGAUAUGUUAGAGGAAAUGGUGUUUAUGAUCCCUAUGAAAUGAUUCUUUGGCUUUCUUUAAAAAAACAAAACGGGUUUGUUCUCAUAAUCUGUAAACUAUGAAGAUCACUGGAUCAUAUUUUUUCUCUCUUAACCAGGAGUGCCUCAGAGAUUCUGCUAUGACUUUUGGACUUCUCUGAGUCUGUGCAAUCAUUUUCUUGAGAAGCUUGGGGAAAGGUGGUAGAGUGCUGCACUUUUUCAUUAAAAUGAGGGUGGCUCUAUUUCCCCCCAUCUCUUUAUCAAGGACAUAAAUGUUCAAUUACUGAGACAUUCUAAUCAAAUUUUGGCCACCUCCAAGGAAGGACAGGGCCCAAGUUUGAUUGUGUAAUUGAUAAUGCACUUUCUCAAUGGCUCUUUAGUCAUUAUUAACUGUCUUCCCUCCUCCCCACAAGGACUUUAAGGCAUUUUUGUCCUUAAAGAUUGAACAACCGACAAAUCAGAGAAUCCAAGGGGCAUGUUCUAUUUUAGGAAUGAUUGACAUUUUGGUGCUGGGGGAUGGGGGUGGGGGGCGGGAAUGGGUCAGUUUGUGUUGGUUUGUGUGGGAUUGUGUGUAUGAGGGGAAAUUUUGAUAGAUUUUUUUUUUCUUUUCCUUUGUGAGCUGAUGACUGAAGUAGAAUAAGUACGUCUUCAGGUAAAGAGAGGGAUUUCUCAACCCACUUUCUGUGAUGUCAGAUUAUUGGAGAAACCCUUUCAAGCUGCUUUUUUAGAUGUACCUAAAUUCAGUCAGAUAUUUUGGAUUAAGAAACCUGAAGUCCUGAUAGAUCAUAUACUCCAAGGAAAUACAUCAGGGACAGAUAAUUGGCUGAAAACACUGAUGCUUCAAGGUGACACAUUUUUAUAGAACAUUUUUACCAGGGGGUACUGACUUCAUUUCUCCUAUAAGGACCACACUGCCUUUGUGUUUAUUGUAAUGCAAUUUGUGUACCUUCUAAUCAGUAUAUCUGCAAAAGUUUCUCAUUUUUAUAAAAUUUUGAAAUCAUGCCAGUAAGCUAGAUGCUGAAUGUAUGUACGUAGUAUUUGGUAACUCUGCUAAAAGUUUACCAAAAAUGCAUUAUCAGUUAAAAAAUAUUGAUUCAGUUCUGAUAAGGUUGGAUAAAAUCUUAUUAUAAACUCCACCGGGUCUCAGGCUCUAAUGCUUGAGUGAGAUAAAAGAAUAUAUUGAUUUUUGAUAAUCAGUGUAUAUUAUGACUUGAACUGCUAUGCAUUAUCCUUUCACAAAAUAUGUCAGAGCUAUUGUUGUUUUGUCCAUUGACAUUUUAAUUUUAUCAUUGUGAAAGAAAAAAAAAUAUAUAUACUUACUUUGUUGUAGAAAGCAAGUAUUCUCCUAAUUAACAAAGUUUGAAAUUUUCUCUUCCAAUGAAUAUUACAGUAGGUUUUGAUAAAUAAAGUAACCAGAAAAAUGCCUCUUGUUUGUUCAUAUCUAAAAAUAACUCCCACUCUUUGAUUUUAAUAAUUAUUGUUUGUUUUUAAAAUUAAUCUUUUAGAACUGUUAUAAGAAUGAGAUCCUUGUUUGAAUUUUGUGAUGUGUAACAUUCAGCUCAUAUGAAAAUUGGAACUAGUAUUUACUACAUUGCCAAAGUCUGGGAUAAAUAUAAAAGUUGGUUAAAUAGAGAUUUAUUGAUUUAUGGUUAUGUAUAUGUGUUGUUUAUAUGUAUAUAUCAUAAAAAAACAUAUUUUAGAUAUCCCUUGCUUCUUUUAACUAAGGAAUAUCAGAAUGAUGAGAAUUUAAAAGCAGCCAAGAUAAAUGUGGUAUAAAGAUUAAUAUCAUU